CUUAAAUGUCGGGGAGCCUUAAGUCGCAGAGAGCAACGGCAAUGAACUUAUCCGGGAACCGCUGGCUCACAGUAUCGCACAAGGCUUCAGAAAGUGCCCUCAGAAGUGGGCACUAGAAACUCCCAAACGCCCGACACGACCGCGAGCUUUUCCUGUGGAAAAGAAAGCCCAUUUACGAAAUGCUUAUUAUUGUAUUGUAUUAUUUAUUGUAAAAAAAAUGCUAAAUCUACAUCCUACGGAAAAAAGACCCAGAUAUGGGGAUGUCUUUCAGUCACGGCGACGCUAGCAACCAACGAGGUCACAGGACGGGAAGAGAAGGAAAACGCGAGGGCGCAACCAGGAGUCAGGCUAGGAAAGCGAAAGAGCAUCGCGGUGGCGGCAGCAGGAGACUGACAGAGAGCCCAGGCGCCCUCCUCAAGGUCCACUAAACAGGAACUCCAUCUUCCUCUGCAAGCACUCUGACCAUGUGACUGUCCGAACAAAUAAAACCGAUUCUGGCCCACUUGCAUUGGCUGCCUGUAUGUUUCUGAACUGAAUUCACGGUGCUGGUUUUGACCUAUAAAGCCUUACACGGCUUAGGACCACAGUACUGAUGGAACACCUCUCCCGAUAUGAACCCACCCGUACACUACGUUCAAGAUCAAAGGGCCUCCUCCAGGUGCUUAUUCUGAGGGAAGCUGGGAGUCUGGCAACAAGGGAGAGGGCCUUCUCAGUGGUGGCCCCCAAAUUAUGGAAUGAUCUUCUUGACAAGGUGCACCUGGCGCCAACACUUAUCUUUUUGGCGCCAGGUCAAGACUUUCCUCUUCUCCCAGGAAUUUUAGCAUUUGUUUUAAAUUGUGUUUUAAAUUGUUUUUAAAAUAUUAUGUUUUUAAAUUUGUAUAUUUGUUUUAAUGUUUUUAGUUACUGUAAACCGCCCAGAGAGCUUCGGCUAUGGGGUGGUAUAUAAGUACAAUAAAUAAAAUAAAAUCAAUAACAUAAAUAAAUAGACUUGUGAGAGGCAGAAGUUCAACUGAUAAAGUGAUAAGGAUUUGCCUGUUAAACUUAUAACUUGCCUAGGUUGAAACGACACAGCCAUUUAACGUACAAGCUGCCUUUUGCUUUUCAACUAGUAUCCCUUCCCCAAUAGAAAAUAAACUAUAUGGGGUUUAAAUAUUUUUGAGGACCAAGAUGCCUAUGGCUUUGACAGAUUCUAAAGCAGAGAUAGAUAUUCAACAAGAGCACCAUUCCUCUCGUGCAAAUAAGGCUGUGCCGGUUGAAUUUCUACCUGUCAUAAGGUCUUUUAAAGGCACAGCAGAUACAGUGCUAGACAUCACGGGGAAUCUGAUGUUGGAAAAUGCACGGAGGCAAUGUAACAGCCAGAACAGAAUGGGCCCUUUUAAAAAAGAAAUUCAUGCCAGAAACACAGGGAUGUGUUGGAGACACUUGAGAACAAUAUUUAAGAACUAAAACCCUUCCGACUUCCCAGGAGGAUCCCUACGCCUGUGCAGCCUCUGAGACGAGCUCCGUCUUGGAUGAAACUUACCCAGUUUAAAUUCAGUCAGAAGGCUCUUUUCUAACUGGGAAUAAUUUCUUCCGGUUAAAGAAGAAACGUGAGAUUUCCCACAUAGCUUUGUUUUGAUUGUUGGAGUCUGGAAUUCGUCAGAAUUGUCUGUCUUCCAGCAGCUCAGACAGAGCGAGGAUUUUUAUGCUAGCUCAGCUGGAUAAGUGACCCGUUUUUUUUUAUACGGAUUAACAGGCAAACAUCCUCCUGUCUACAUUCAUCAUUUUCUUAUCUAUACAGCUAAAGACAUUUGUCAAAGUAACAGCAAUUGAGAUAACCUAGGUGAGGUAAGACUUUCCUUUUUUUUUAUUUACGGAACUAAGGGGGAAGAAAAUAUAAAUAGCUUAUCUUUUUUUUUUAUUGCAAAAAGCUGACAUGGAAAAUAGCAUUUUAAAGAUUACAACGGACGAGAGAUUUCUGAUUGGAAGAGAUAAGAAAUCUUUUUGAUUUAUGGCUUGGGACUAUUUUUCCUGAUCUACUUUUUUUUUGACGAAUCUGCUCAUUCUCUCUGCUACUAGCUAUUUCGACGCUGUGAACUAAAGCCGUUCUUACACUUCCGGACAGAUAAGAGAUAAGGGCUGUCUAGCGUGUGACGUUAGUUUGUUGGAAAGAUUAACUCCUUUGUAACUGGUUAAAGAAAUAAGCUGCUCUUUGUUUGGGACAUUGAAAAUUGAAGGAGUUUUGUUCCUUUGGCUUUAAGAAUGACAAUUAAGAAGAUCAUGGAUGUACAAGAAGGGACUUUAUCUCUAGACAUGUUUCAGAAAAUAAUGAAUGGGAUUAACUCAAUAAAACAAGAACUGAGAAAUAAUAGACAAGCGUGGAGAAUUGAAUUUCACGAAAUGAGACAGGAGCUGAAAGAAACUCAGGAUUCUAUGAGAAAGGAGAAUAAAGAUAGAUCUGGAAAACAAAAAAAGGAUGAAAGAGAAAUUAAAGGCAAGGUUCAAACUAUGGAGAUUGGCUUAAUUAUGGACAUGAAAAAAGAUUUGGAUUUCCUGGCUGUGAUGGAUCCUGGAGACAAAUAUUACAGUUUGGAAUUCAGCGCUGUCCCUGAAGGAAUUGAAGAGAUUGGAGAUAAAGAUACUAUCGGUUCAAAAAAAUUCUUGGACUGGAAGGAUUUGAUGGAACUUGAAAUGGAGAAAGUUAACAGAAUUAAUCCCUGUUUUGUGUCAAUGGAAAAACCUUCAAGAGAUGUACUAGUGUAUCAUGUGGAAAAGAGGAACAGAGAUGCGGCUUUGCAACAAUACUUCAGUGAUACGUUUGGAUUUGAUGGCAAGAAAAUAUCUGUGAUGGAGGAAAUUCCUAUCAGACUUUUAUUAUAUGACUAUGACAGCAAGAUUUUUGGGUGCGUAAAGAUGGAAGAUGGAACCAAUAUGGAUAAUGACAGAAGAGCGAUUUAAAAUUACUGGACUUAGUAGAUUUGAUGAGUUGGAUUAAUUGGCAUGUUUAUUUAGAAAAAAAAAUUGAUUGACAUAUAUCUCAAGGAUUGGAAACUUCUCUUUGACUUUUUGUGGAAGAUUAAAAUGAUAUGAUGUUAAUGUGAUUUGAAACCAACUAAGAUAACCGUUGGAGGAAGGUGAUUUUAUAAUCUAUU